AAUUUUACUACAUUUUCUAUUGAAAAAAAGUAUUACUCUAGGGACUAUUUAUCAGUGGGGCAUUCCCAGUAAUAUAAAUCCUUCUGCAAUAAGGCACUCCUGAGAGCUUCCCCUUACCCCCCUCCCUUCACUCCUUAGUAUGGCAGUGCAGCUCCCCACCUCCUCCUCGCUAUGGGUAAUUUCGCUGAGAGUCAGGGUUUUGUGCUGUCUUUCUGAUUAAUUCCCUUGGUCAAUAUAAGAUUGGCCUUCGCUAGUAGCGUGAGAGAGAUACACACACACAGAGAGCUGUGAGGAGACAUAACCGCUGCCUGCACUGCUGAGGGAGAGGAGACCAAGUCCAACUGCACUGCCUUCUGCCAGGAUGAUCGUCAGCACUCAGCAGAACCUGGGCACAGACCUGGAUAUAGGAGGCUCAGACGCGCCCCCUCGAAACUGGCGUGGGAUUGGCCUGGCAGUGCUGGUCAUAACAAUAGUAAUGUCACUGGUGCUAUUGGCCAUUUUUCUGCUCUCUCCCGAGGAUUCAAAGCAGCCUGUGAAAUCAUUCCUGACACUGUCUGAUCUGGAGAAUAUGGAUUAUCAGGUCCAUGUGCCCAGUUUGUCUUGGGCAAGUGACUUUGAAAUAAUCCUGAAAACCAGAGAAGGAAAUCUAAUUCAACAGAAUGUGAAGACAAAGGCGUUCAGUAUCCUGCUGAGUAACACCACACUUAUGUCUCUAAGAGCAUCCCAUGCAGAGCUGUCUCCAGACCUACAAUAUGUCCUUCUCAUCUUCAACAAGCAGCAGAUUUCAGGAGUAGCCGCUACUGCUUCCUACUCUGUGUACAAUAUCCGGACAAGAGAAGUUUGGGACUUGAAGCCUCCUGGAAAAAAUGGAACCUUACUGCAGUAUGCAUCAUGGGGACCACAUGGGAGUCAAGUGAUAUUCAUCUUUCAAAAUGAUAUUUACUAUCAGCAGUCCGCUUCAUCCCCUGCUCUCCGGCUCACUUCAUCUGGAGACCCAGAGACUGUCCUCAAUGGCAUCGCUGACUGGACUUAUCAAGAGGAGGUGUUACAUUCUUAUGCUGUUCACUGGUGGUCUCCGGAUGGAACAAGACUUGCCUAUCUCUCUAUCAACAACACCCUUGUACCUAAAAUGGAACUGACAUAUUUCUUGGGUUCUGACUACCCCACCAGCAGGAAAUACGCCUACCCUAAGGCUGGACAGCAUAUUCCCACAGUGAAAGUCCUUGUUGUUAACCUGUAUGGUCCUUCCCACACACUUGAGCUGCUUCUUCCUGAUACUUUUCAAUACAGGGAGUUCUAUAUUACCAUGGUAAUCUGGGUUACAAAUACUCGCCUUGCUGUGAAAUGGUUAAAUCGAUCCCAGAAUCUCUCUGUGCUCACUUUUUGUGAUGCAACCACAGGAGCCUGUAUAGAGAAGUACAGAUCCUCGUCAGAUGUGUGGAUCACUAUGCAGGGGGAGACUCUGUUCUCUUCCGAUGCAGCUUUCUUUCCUGUUCCUGUGAAACAAGGGGCGAGUGGGGAGUUCCUCCAUGUUGCCAUGUUAUCCACUCAGAUUAGCAGCAUGGAGACCAGUUUACGGAUUCUGACCUCUGGAAACUGGGAUGUGACAAAGGUGGUGGCAUAUAACCCAGAAAACAAGACUGUUUACUUUUUGAGUACGGAGGAUAUACCCAGGAGAAGACACCUUUAUAGUGUAGAAACAUCAGGGACCUUAAACCGGACUUGUGUGAGCUGUGAUCUCAUUCCUGACUGUCAUUUUGUGGAUGCAGAAUUCAGCCCUGGAUCCAGCUACUUCAUCCUCUACUGCAAGGGCCCAGGAGUCCCUCUGGUCUCAGUACACCAGACCCAAAAUCCUCAAGAUUUCAUAAUCCUGGAGGAGAAUAAGAUACUGAAGGCUUUCCUUAGCAAAAAUGAUAUACCAGAGACUGUAUUUAAAAAGAUUAAUAUUGAGGGAUACGACCUCCCACUGCGCCUGACCCUUCCCUCCAACUAUGAGAACGCAGAGCUCCCUUUGGUUCUGUGGCUACCAGAGCUUCCGGGGUAUCAGCAGGUCACAGAAGAAUUCUUUCUUGGAUGGGAAUCUGCACUUGUAAGCUCCUUACAAAUUAUUUUAGCACAUGUCGAUGGCAGAGGAUCAAGGAACCAGGGGCUGCAUUUGCUCCAUGAAACAGAUCACAGACUGGGCUCUAUUGAGAUUAAAGACUACAUACCUGUUGUACAGCACCUCAAACAACUUCCAUUUGUGGAUAAAAAACGCAUUGGAGUGUUCGGUAAGGCAUACGGUGGAUUUUUGGCCCUGAAGCUGCUGUCUCUACCUGAGCAGUUGUUUGCGUGUGGUGUGGCUGUCUCUCCUAUCACCAGCUUCCACCUGCAUUCUGCAGUGGUUUCCGAGCGGUACCUGGGACUGCCAUCCCAAGAGGCCUCUGCCUAUACGAUGGCCUCUGUACUGAAUGAUGUUCAGAGGCUGCAGGAACAGAACUUUCUCCUGGUCCAUGGCACGUCAGAUGCCCAUGUGCAUUUCCAGCACACGGCAGAACUACUGAGUCGACUGAUUCACAUAGGAUCGAAUGUUAACAGCAGAGUUUAUCCUGAUGAAGAUCAUUUUUUCAUGUCCAGAGGAAGUCAGCAUCACUUAGAGCAGUCACUUACUUCUUACCUGCACGGCUGUCUGCAAGCUGGAGGUGGAAGGAAGACGUCCCAUUGAGCACAGAGGAGUCAUACGGGUUAGAGGAGUCGGCACUGCCUACAGUCAGAAGCACCUGUGUGAAUAAAUGGGCGUUGCAUGGCACUUGUUCUAGCAAUUUGUGCCUCAAAAGCCUGUCUGAACACACACAGUUGUGACGUGGGAAAACCAGCUGAGGACUGAAAUACUAACUGCCGAUUGUUCCACCCAAUACUUAGAGAUCAACAGUUAUAAUAAAAGCAACAUUUCUUUGUUUUAAUAAUUAAUUAUAUUGCAAGACCUUAUGCAGUUUUCAUGCAUUUUUCAUCCAGUUUAUUGGUGUUGCAGAGAGCUCUGCUUCAGGCAACAGCUUGUUUGAUCCACAACCACUCUGAGCUCUCAAUAAACAUAAGGAAAGAAACAAUUCGGAAUGUAAAAAGGUUACUAUUUCAUUUCAUCCUACUGGGACCAUUAUUAUAUCACCAAUUUCUACUUCUGAACAAGGACCCAGAAGGGCAGUAUUGGUUUAAGUUUUCCUUGGAGGUUGAUUCUUUUGCGAGACCCCUAUAUCUUUAGCAGUAGAGGACGUAAAUGAAUCCUUGAGCAAAUAAAAUCCAUGUUUGUCCUGUGA